CUGGGGUGGGGACAGUGAAGGCUGGGGGAGAGAAGCAGAGAAUGAAAGCAGGUGGGGAGGAAAGGGAAGUAGGUCAGAUAGGGUGCCAGCCCCCCAUUCCCAGCCAAGGCUGAGAGAACCAACCCCUGAUCCUAUGGCAUCAUACUGAGGGACAGCCUAGGACUGGGCAUUUGGGGUCAGAAGUCACUGCUCAGGGGACUGCUCAGGUGGAGGAGGUUUGGCCUGGUACUGCACCCUUCUUAAUGCCUGAGAGACCCAGUUCUCCUGGCCCAAGACCAAGGCCCCAAGAUGAGUAGUGAAUGGGCUCCAGGCAGGUCACUGCCCUCUGACAGAAGCCUCUGGGCCUGCUGCGGGGCUUCCUGCCUCUGGCCCGCUUGGCUCCCUGACCUUCCCGAGAGUUAAGACUGCCUUGACACCAGGCCUUAGGGCCUAUGCCUGUUUUGGCCUAGGGCUGGAGAGAAGACUGGGGGAGGAAGGUGGGGACAGGCAGAUGGAUAGGACCCUGGCAUGGGGUGUGCCCGCCCUGGCCUCUUCCCCCUCCUUGUGCUGAGUAAACUCGUGAGUAAACUUGACGUUUUGCCCGGACAGUUUGAAGUUGCCUCGCUGCCCCCUCCCCCCCCACUCUUGCCAACACAUAAGCGGCCAGGCGCCAAGGCGAGCCUGGGGGACUGGGAGGAAGGGGGUAAAGCUGCUGUCAUCCACCAUCAAGUGUUUGGUGGGUUGGGAUAAGAAAGACCCCCACACCCAGCCAGGCCCAGGUCUUGGCAAGAGUCCUGGCUGGGGCCUGCCAGCAUCUGUCCCAGAGCCUUGGGGAGCCCAGGAAAAGUAGCCUCAAUGCAGAUCUUCUGCCCACUUCUGACCUCUACCCCUACCAGGGAAAGGCACCCAGCUACCAUCUGGCCCCCUGAGUUGCUAUCUUUAAUGUUCACUGGCUGACUGGCACAGGGAAAAAGCUACUUUAACAAAUUCUCCAGGGAGACCAGAGAGGGCUGCCCUUUUCAUCCUGUCCCACAGCCUGGGAUGGACAUCUUAGCCCUGUCUUCCCUGCGGCCUCCAGCUGCCAUGGCUUCUGCUCUGGAGGACAGCAAGGGUCUCAUUUGCCAGCACUUGCCUUGACCACACCUGGGCCUAACCCCACAUGUACCUCUACCGUAUUUACCGUCGGGCCUAGCCCUGAUCUCCCCAAACCCCUUCCUUUGCCUGUUAUCCUCCCCAGAACCAGGUCAACCUUCAGAGCUUCCCAGUCAGCAGAUAACCUGUGCAGAUUCAGGGGUUGAGGGUUCCCAGGCAAAAGAGGGCUGAUGGCAGGCAAAUGAAGCAGUGAUUCCCCCAUAAAUAUAUCAAUAUGCUAUCUUUUGACAUCACUGAUUUCUCUUAUUCCUCCCAGGCCAGCAGAAUGACAUGGGGAAAUGCCUUCCCAGUCCCUGACAGGCCUCGGAGUGGGGCUCCCCCAGGCCCUUACUUUCGACCUCAUGUCUCUGGCUUCAGUUUCCUUCCUGUUUCCACCGUCCCCCCAACUCCUCCCCACCCAUAUGCCCCUUUCAACAGACAUCCUCUCCUCCUUCCUUCCUCCUUUCCUCCCCCUUUGCCUGGGAGCAGGGGUCCUCUUUCCUCCACCAUGGCCAUCCUAGCCUUUUACCUCUUCUUAAACCUAGCCCCCUUGGAGAUCCAUGACCAAGUCAUCUGUCCUUCCCAUCCAUCAGCAAGGCUCUGGGGAAGAGAACCCAGAGCUUCUCAAGGGGACUACAACUCCCAAGGUACAUACAAAGCAAUUGUGGUGCACACUGGGAGUUGUAGUCCUUGAGCUCUCAAUUUGGCUGAGUCUGAAAGUGACUCUAGAUGAGGGUAAAAGCCAGAACUGGGAUGGGUUGGAAUGUGGGUACCCUCUGCAUCCCCCCACUUUAUUCUUGCUGUCACAUUGCCAUGGGAUGCCAUGUACCCAUGACUGACAUCCAUCUCCCUUGCUGAGACAUGCUACCUGUCCUCACCUUAGUGCCCCACCCAAAAGAUGCCCACGCCCUGCCCUGCUGCCCCUGGCAGGGGUGAAAUAGAGGGGCCCCAUGAACUCCCUCCCUGCCCCCUGCCCUCUAGGCUGGUUCCCUCCCUUUAUGGGGAUCAAAGGGCAGAGAGCAGCCCCACCCCACUCCCUCGCAGGCUGCAGGCACUAGGGCUCUCAGGAAUUGCAGGGACUUUGGUGCCCAAGCAUUUGCUUGGGCAGGGGGAAUGCUGGGAGGUUGGCGCCUGGUGGUAGGGAGAGACAUUGGCCCCCACCCUGGGGUGUGGAGCCUUCGUUAACUGCUCGAGGGGCUGUCCAUUGCCUCCUAGGUUCUCUCUGUGUAGGCCCUGACCAAUGUGCUACCUCUUGAGGAUAUGGCUUGAGAACAGGGUCUUAGGCUUUAUCUGUAGGGCCUAGGGACCUGGGCCCGCCUGGCUGGCACCAAGGCAUGGGGGUGACCCUCCCCCACCUCAGGCCCACAGUUGGCAUGGGGCGCUGGGAGCAGGGGGGUAGGAGGGAGAGGAGGGCAGGACUGCCAGCAUCCUGGUGGGUAGGUGCCAACCGGGCCGGGAGCUGGUGAGGGGCAGCAGGCCAGCGGCAUUGAGCCAGCAGCUGUUGGGGGAAAGGGGAGGGGAUACUUUAGGGGGCAUUUCUGUGGUACCCCCAAGCCUAGCAGGACUUGAGGUAGCCUAAUGUCUGGGGGACACUAGGGUACCCCUCAAUCCAGGAAUAAGGGACCCCAGGAGUUGUUUAAGUGAAACUUGGUGGCCCACCCAUGUCUGGGCUCAGAGCCCUCCUGAGUUGCCCCUCAGGCCCAGGCGGGUCCCACCCAACCGGCCAGGGUGGCAGCAGCUUGCGCAAGGGGUGGGGCUAGGCGCUUCCCAGCAGAUGCCCCCUCCCGGCUCCUUCCUCUUUCGGUGCCCACAGCUCCCCCAAUCUGUCUAUCCCCCUCAGGCCAGCUCUGUUCCCCCGAUCCCCCGGCUAUUGGGGGCUGGCACAAGUGCUGCCCCCUGGCCUGGUUGGCAGGGGUUGGUGCCCGGGCGAGGAACUGUGGAGAAGAUGGGGAGCCCCGAGGAUGACCUGAUUGGGAUUCCAUUCCCGGACCACAGCAGUGAACUCCUGAGCUGCCUCAAUGAGCAGCGCCAGCUGGGCCACCUAUGUGACCUCACCAUCCGGACCCAGGGCCUUGAAUACCGCACCCACAGGGCUGUGUUAGCUGCCUGUAGCCACUACUUCAAGAAGCUGUUCACUGAGGGUGGUGGCGGAGCCGUCAUGGGAGCCGGGGGCGGCGGGACAGCUGCUGGGGGAGCAGGGGCCGGCGUGUGUGAGCUAGACUUUGUAGGGCCAGAGGCACUAGGCGCCCUCCUUGAAUUUGCCUAUACAGCCACUCUGACCACCAGCAGCGCCAACAUGCCAGCUGUUCUCCAGGCUGCCCGGCUGCUGGAGAUCCCGUGUGUCAUCGCUGCCUGCAUGGAGAUUCUGCAGGUUAGUGGGCUGGAAGCUCCCAGCCCGGACGAGGAUGACUGUGAGAGAGCCCGCCAGUAUCUGGAGGCCUUUGCCACAGCCACGGCCUCUGGAGUUCCCAAUGGUGAAGACAGCCCUCCUCAGGUGCCCCUCCCACCACCUCCACCACCGCCACCUCGGCCUGUUGCCCGCCGCAGCCGCAAGCCCCGGAAAGCUUUCCUGCAAACCAAGGGGGCCAGAGCAAACCACCUAGUCCCCGAGGUGCCCGCAGUGCCUGCAGUGCCCGCCCAUCCCUUGACCUAUGAGGAGGAGGAGGUAGCAGGCAGAGUGGGCAGCAGUGGGGGCAGUGGGCUGGGGGACAGUUACAGCCCUCCCACAGGAACCGCCUCCCCUCCUGAGGGCUCCCAGAGCUACGAGGCCUAUGAGGGUGAGGAAGAAGAAGAGGAGCUGGUAUAUCCCCCGGCCUAUGGGCUGGCGCAGGGGGGCGGGCCCCCGCUGUCCCCAGAGGAGCUGGGCUCAGACGAGGAUGCCAUCGAUCCUGACCUGAUGGCCUACCUAAGCUCCCUGCACCAGGACAACCUGGCACCAGGCCUGGACAGCCAAGACAAGCUGGUGCGCAAACGCCGUUCCCAGAUGCCUCAGGAGUGCCCUGUCUGCCACAAGAUCAUCCAUGGGGCGGGUAAACUGCCUCGCCACAUGAGGACCCACACAGGCGAGAAGCCCUUUGCCUGCGAGGUCUGCGGCGUUCGAUUCACCCGGAACGACAAGCUGAAGAUCCAUAUGCGGAAGCACACGGGAGAGCGCCCCUACUCCUGCCCGCACUGCCCAGCCCGCUUCCUGCACAGCUACGACCUCAAGAACCACAUGCACCUGCACACGGGGGACCGGCCCUAUGAGUGCCACCUGUGCCACAAGGCUUUCGCCAAGGAGGACCACCUGCAGCGCCACCUCAAGGGCCAGAACUGCCUGGAAGUGCGCACCCGGCGGCGCCGCAAGGACGAUGCACCACCCCACUACCCGCCACCCUCUACCGCCGCUGCGUCCCCCGCAGGCCUCGACCUCUCCAAUGGCCACCUGGACACCUUCCGCCUCUCUCUAGCUCGAUUCUGGGAGCAGUCAGCCCCCACUGGGCCCCCAGUCUCUACCCCGGGGCCCCCUGAUGACGAUGAGGAGGAGGGGGCACCCACCACACCGCAGGCUGAAGGUGCUAUGGAGUCCUCUUAAAGAGGGACAAGUGGCCAGGCUGAAGUAGCACAAGGCCGGGGACACCCAUGCCAAGCAGUGGGAGCACGCAGGACAGACAGAGCAAGGGGUCUGGGGCACGGAGCCUUGCUGGCAUCAGCAUCAGCCCUUCCUCCCAGAACCCUCAUUCCAAUUCCAAGCUGAGAAGGUAUUGGGGCAGAGGCUCCCCAAAUUGGGGUGAUCCCCCAAGGAGUGAUACAUAUAUUGUGUAUAUAUUUACAGCUCUAUUGUAAAAGUGGGGUCCCUGUCCCCAGCUGCUCCUGGGGAGUAGAAGCAAUAA